AUGAACACAUCAAUGUCCGGAAAUGAAGUUCGACAAACAUAUAUUGAUUUUUUCAUCACUAAGGGUCAUAAAUAUGUUCAUUCGUCAUCCACAAUCCCACUUGAUGAUCCUACUCUUCUGUUUGCAAAUGCUGGAAUGAACCAAUUUAAACCAAUUUUUUUAGGUUCUGUAGAUCCAAAUUCUGACAUGGCUAACUAUGUCAGAGUGGUAAAUACGCAGAAAUGUAUUAGGGCAGGUGGCAAACAUAAUGACUUAGAUGAUGUUGGAAAAGAUGUUUAUCACCACACUUUCUUUGAAAUGAUGGGUAACUGGUCAUUUGGAGAUUAUUUCAAAAAAGAAAUAUGUUCUUGGGCCUGGGAACUUCUCACUGAAGUUUUUAAGUUACCAGGAGAUAGGUUAUAUGUCACAUACUUCGGUGGGGACAAAUCAGCAGGUUUAGAGCCAGAUUUAGAGUGCAGAGAUAUUUGGCUGAAACUUGGCGUUUCUGAAUCUCACAUAUUGCCAGGCAGUAUGAAAGACAACUUUUGGGAAAUGGGGGAGACAGGACCUUGUGGGCCUUGUUCAGAAUUACAUUAUGAUAGAAUUGGAGGGAGAGAAGCAGCUCACCUUGUUAACAUGGAUGACCCUGAUGUACUUGAAAUUUGGAACUUAGUGUUCAUUCAGUUCAACAGAGAAAAGAAUGGAGAACUGAAGUUAUUGCCUAAAAAGCAUAUUGAUUGUGGGCUUGGAUUGGAGCGUUUGGUGUCUGUUAUUCAAAAUAAAAGAGCUAACUAUGACACUGAUUUUUUUAUGCCUUUAUUUAAAGCUAUAGAAAAUGGCACAAAAGUAAGACCUUACUCAGGAAAAGUAGGAUCAGAUGAUGUAGAUGGAAUUGAUAUGGCAUAUAGAGUUCUUGCUGAUCAUGCUAGAACAUUAACUAUAGCUUUGUCAGAUGGUGGAUACCCAGAUAACACUGGAAGAGGGUAUGUUUUACGUCGUAUUCUGAGACGAGCUGUCCGCUAUGCAUCUGAAAAAUUAAAUGCCAAACCAGGCUUUUUUGCAACUUUAGUUAAAACUGUUGUAGAGUUGUUAGGUGAUGUAUUUCCAGAAAUAAAAAAAGAUCCAGAAUCAGUUAUGCAAAUUAUCAAUGAAGAGGAAAUACAAUUCUUAAAAACAUUAACUAGAGGAAGGAACCUACUCAAUAGAACUAUUGAGAAGCUCAAUGAUUCAAAAACCGUACCCGGUGAUGUGGCUUGGCGUAUGUACGAUACUUAUGGCUUUCCUAUUGACUUAACCUGUUUAAUGUGUGAAGAGAAAGGUUUAAGCAUAGACAUGGAGGCAUAUGAAAAGGCAAAAAAAGAAUCACAGUUGUCUUCACAAGGUAAAGCCGCUGGACAAGAAGAUUUGUUAGCUUUAGACAUUCAUGCUAUUUCUUACCUUAAAGAUAAUAAUGUUGCACCUACAGAUGACUCUCCAAAAUAUAAUUAUCUACCAACAAGUACUGAUGCAGAAGCUAUGUAUGAAUUUUCACCUUGUACUGGUACUGUAGCAGCUUUAAGAAAAGAUAAAAAGUUUGUAAAUGAAGUAAUAACCGGUGAUGAAUGUGGGGUAUUAUUAGAUCGCACUAACUUUUAUGCAGAGCAAGGUGGACAAAUUUUUGACGAAGGGUAUAUGGUAAAAGUAAACGAUGACAGUGUGGAAUUUUCUGUAAAAAAUGUACAAGUUAAAGGAGGUUAUGUAUUACAUGUCGGUAAAAUUGAAGGAAUUUUAAGAGUUGGUGAUACUCUAUCUCUUCACAUCGACACAGAAAGACGACGACUCGUCAUGAACAACCACACCGGUACUCAUGUCUUAAAUAACGUUCUCAGGAAGGUGCUAGGUAAUGAUUCAGAUCAACGCGGAUCACUUGUUAUGCCUGAUCGUCUCAGGUUUGACUUUACAAAUAAGGGUCCUAUGACGAUCAAACAAAUAAAAGAAACGGAAGAUGAAAUUAAAUCUAUAAUCAAUGAGAACAAAAAAGUAUAUGCUAAAUAUACCAACCUCAGUGAUGCUAAAAAAAUAAAUGGUCUACGUGCAAUGUUUGAUGAACAGUAUCCAGAUCCAGUGAGAGUCGUUUCUGUAGGGAUUCCUGUAGAGGAAUUGGAAAAUAAUCCUGAAGGUCCGAAUGGAUUUGAAACUUCUGUAGAAUUUUGUGGUGGAUCACAUUUACAUCAAACAGGACAUAUUGGUGAUUACGUAAUAGUAAGUGAAGAAGGAAUUGCUAAAGGAAUUCGUCGAAUUGUAGCUUUAACGGGACCGGAAGCCUUAAAAGCUAUUAACAAGAUGAGUAUAUUGGAAAACGACGUUAACGAUAUUAUAAGCAAUGCAGAUGGACAAGGUGACAAUGUUAAACAAAAGGAAACUGUGAAAAAAAUUGUAGAACUAACUAACGAAAUAUCACAAGCACAGAUAUCUUAUUGGAAGAAAGAGGAAUUACGAACGAUGUUGAAGAAUUUGAAAAAGCAGCUUGACGAUAAAGAGAGAGCUGCUAAAGCCGCAACUAUUAAUCUUGUUACUGAAAAAGCUAAAGAAAUUUGUUUAAAUGACAACACUUCUUUAGUAAUUGUUACUGAAUUAAAAGCUUUUGGAAAUACAAAAGCUUUAGAUGGCGCCCUUAAACAAGUUAAGCAAAUGCGUCCGAAUACUGCUGCUAUGUUCUUUUCUGUCGAUGAUGAUUCUAACAAGAUAUAUUGUUUAGCAGCUGUCCCCAAAUGCUUAGUAGACAAGGGUUUAUUAGCCUCAGAAUGGGUACAGUCUGUUGUAGGCAUUAUGAAAGGAAAAGGAGGAGGUAAAGCAGAGUCGGCUCAAGCAUCAGGAAGUGACCCCUCUUGUCUAAAUGACGUUAUUAAAAUUGCCCGGGAUUAUGCUACUACCAAAAUAUCAGACAACUGUUGA